AUGUUUAUGCGUGACCUUCCAAAUCUGCAAUCGUUUUCCAUGGAUGACUUGCCUAUCAGUUUAAAGGAACUGAUUGUUUACAAUGUUGGAAUGAUUUUGUGGAAUACAACUUGGGAACUUCAUACUUCUCUUUCAGUGUUGGGUAUUCUUGGUGCUGAUAAUGUGAAGGCACUGAUGAAAAUGGAUGCGCCACGUCUACCUGCUUCUCUUGUUUCCUUAUACAUCCAUAAUUUUGGUGAUAUAACAUUCUUGGAUGGAAAGUGGCUUCAACAUCUCACCUCUCUCCAAAAACUUUUCAUUAAUGAUGCUCCAAAGCUCAUGUCAUUUCCAGAAGAGGGGUUGCCUUCCUCUCUUCAAGAACUGCAUAUCACAGACUGCCCAUUGUUGGAAGCAAGUGAAAUUACUUAUGGAUCAACUGGAGCAUUUAAGAAAAUGAUGCACUCUGCAGGGCUACAUACAUGCAGGAAAUCUGUUAACACCUAUCUUGGAGGAAAUCUGGUUUGUUUUUCCAUUGAUCAAGGUCUCUUAAAAAACGGAACUUACUACACCGCAGCUUCCAUCAAACCCCUCCUUGCCGCCAUGAAUCGUUUUUUCGCAAGGACCUCCUUGCCACAACUUCUCUACUCCACCGUACGCUCCUCCUCCGCCUCCUCUCUUUCUCCGCCUUCCUCCGUUCUCGCCACCCCUCUCCACCUCCGUCACUUCUCCAACAAGUCAGUGGAACAGCUGCGCCACGUCUGGAUUUCUGGAUACGACGAUGAUACGAAGCCGACAUACAGGUCAAUGUAUAUAGUAGUAUCAGAACAGUAUUUCGGGCUGCGCGACGACAGUGACGAGGACGAGGACGAGGACGAGAUAGAUAACAGAUAUACCCGAACAUAUGUCACUUCCUAUAAAAACAUAACCCUAUUUGACAUAUCUUAUUGUGUUACUUUUUUGGAGAAGAUAUCAUCUGAUCAUGUUGAUUUCAACGUUGAUGUUCAACUAGCUUCGCGUAUUUUCGACAGUGCAAUUAUUGUUCUUUCUUGUCUUGAUGGUGUUAAGACCGAAUCCAUUAUUAUUGAUCAACAAAUGACAAGAUUUCAACUUCCAAGGCUUAUAUUUAUUGACGAUCUUGAUCAGAAAGGAGCAGAUCUAUGGAACAUCGUAGAUCAAGUAAAAUCUAAGCUUAAUCAUCGUUGUGCUGCAAUUCAAGUUCCAAUACGAAGCAUUGACGAUUGUUAUAUUGGAUUUGUUGAUCUUGUUAAGUUAAAGGCAUACUUUUUUACGUCUAAAUCUAAACCUUUUGAUAGACCUUUUGAUCUUGUCAACAAGUUAAAGGCCUACCUUUUUUGCUCUGAAACGUCUGAUUAUGACAAUGUACCUGAAGAAAUGAAAGCCUUUGUGUUGAAAAAAAGACGCGAACUCAUUGAAAUUGUAUCAGAGGUUGAUGAUAAAAUUUAUGAAGCUCUUCAUGGUGGCAGCCAAAUUCCAGAGUCUUAUCUCGAUGGUGCAAUUCGUAGGGCAACUAUAGCAAGGAAAUUUGUACCAAUUAUCAUCAGUGAUGAGAGAUAUGAGGGGUUAAAACUAUUUAUGGAGGGUGUAAUUAGGUAUUUGCCGAGUCCAAUCGAUGUUAGUAAUUAUGCUCAUGAUCAAAAUAGGAAUGGUGAGAAAGUUGAAUUGUUUGGAAGUAUUGAUGCACCAUUUGUUGGAAAGGCUUUCACAUAUUGGCAUAGGCCGUUUUUAAAAUUAACUUAUCUAAGAAUCUAUCAGGGUGUUAUCAAGAAGGGUGAUUUUAUUACAAAUGUUAACACCGGUAAGAAGAUUAAGAUUCCUCGUUUGUUUAAGAGACAUGAUAAUACGAUUAAGGCAGUUGAUGAAGCUCAUGCUGGAGAACUUGUUAUUGUGUUAAAGUUUGAUGCUAUUCUUAAAUCUGGAGAUACUUUUACUGACGGGUCUAUUAGAUAUACAAUGACUUCUGCCGAUGUUCCUGCUUAUUCGGUCUCAAAGGAUUCAGGAGAGAAAUUUUCAAAUGGUGUGAAUGGAUUCAUUCCAGAGAAAUGA